AUGCACCACACUCGACGCAGGUCUGGCCACGGACUGCCCAACACAUCCAUGACUGACGUCCGCAAAGCCGCCACGGCCAAUGAUGUCUCCUCAAAGCACAAGCUGCCGCCAAAACAGACUAUGCCUAGCAGUCGCCGGACUUUGAGCUCUCACACUUCGAAGACGGGCAAAGCUGUUCCCUCGGGUCGUGAUGCUGAAAAGGAGCAAGAAGAGGACCACUGGUUUGAGGAUGAGCGUGAGAGCUUUCCUCAGUUCUGCAUGACUUGCGAGAAGCAAUUCGUCGCCAAAGAUGACCGGUUCCUGUAUUGCUCAGAAGCAUGCCGCGACUACGACCAAGAGUAUGGCAACACGAUCAGCACGCAGCACUUUAUGGAUACUUAUGCCAACAACAGAAGCUAUUCCAUAUACGCCACGGACAACUCCGAGCCGCGGGACAUCAUCCCGCGUGCUUCACCGUCUCGGCCUAGCUCCACCUACUUCUCCCCUCCGCCCACGCCAGCUAAGACGUCGUCCACACUGCCUACUUCGUCCGCCAUCGCCGCGCUGCGAUCGCUCUCCAUUCGGGACGCAAGCCCACCAUCGCCCACCGUCCCACCUACAACUGGAAUUUGGCCCUUUACGACUCGCUAUGCGGCGGCGAGUCCUAGCUCAUACGCUCGGCCUUCGGCAACAGUGUACGCAUCAACGUACGAUCAUGGCUAUUAUCACCACGCAGGAGCCACUAAUUACUAUGGAUCUGGAUCUGGCGCUACCGGCAGUGAGCGGCCUCUGCCCCCGCGGCGCCCUGGCAGUUAUUCUCGGCCGAAGAGCAUUGAACUGGUGACACCCCUCAUCGGACAGUGA